CGUUACAUUCCAAUCUUUCGAUCAUUUCCUCAUACAGUUGCACAUCGUUGCUGUGAGGAUGAUGAGAAUCUGUUUCGUACUUUUACUGGCACUCCCUGCCAGUUUUGCCACAAAGGUCAAGUGUCCAAAUAUCAUCAAAAGAAGUCAAUGGAGCAGUGUUCCUCCUGGAGAAGUUAAUUAUUUAAUAGUACCGAUACCUUAUGUGAUAGUACAUCACACAGUCACUCCCGAAUGUAAUACGCGAAGUAGUUGUACAAGUAGCGUCGACAACAUUCGCAGUGUUCAUAUGGACACAAAUGGUUGGGACGACAUUGGUUAUUCUUUCUUGAUCGGUGGCGAUGGAAACGUAUACGAGGGAUGCGGAUGGACACGCGAAGGAGCUCAUACGUACGGAUAUAAUAAAAAAUCUGUCGGUAUAGCUUUUAUUGGGAAUUUUGAGCGAAAUGAAGUUAACCAGACAAUGGUAGAUACUGCACAUCAAUUAAUCAAAUGUGGAAAAUCCCAAGGUAUCCUUCGAAACAAUGUACGCGUGCUCGGUGGACGACAGGUAAUUUCAACAGCCAGUCCUGGAAGUCACCUCUACACGAAAAUUCAAGAUUGGCCUGAAUGGAGUAGCGAUCCUUAGAUGAGUGUUUCAAAAGUGCUCUCGAUCAGAUCGAGGUGUCCAAGUUUCAUAACGGAGACAAAAUAUUUUUAAACAUAAAUCUCGUAAUAUUCAUUCUUCUACAACAGAGUUUCAAUUUUUUUAAACAAGAUUUGUAAGGUAACUUUGCUAUUCUUGUCGCAGGACUGAUUUAUAUUAAUCCGUGUCUCGUACGAUAGGAUUAUGUAGAACAAGCUGAAACUUUCUAUCGCUGUCUUGUCGCAACUCAUUAGCAAAAUCAACAAAAAGUAUGACAAAUGUAAGACCGUAAGAAAUAUACGUCAAUAUUCGAGGUAAUAGUUUGUGUUUUAUUAUAUUACCUUUCUAGCGAGAAGUCCAGCUCCUGAUCUAAUAUAAAAAGAAAGUUCUUAACAUACGUUUUUUUAACGCAUUAACAUUUCAGAAGAACGCAUGUAGACGGCGCGGAAAUAAAUCGUGGAGAUUGUGACGAAUUUAGGAGAUGGAACGGUGUGUCGCAACGUAUAUCAAUACUAUUCAAGUUUCAUUCUUUUUUUUUUCGAUUAUUAUAGGAGAUCACGUAAUUACUAAUAUACAAAUGAUACAUUAUCACCGAGAGUUCUCUUACACAGAAUAAAUAUAUUGCGCAUAUUAGCGGGUUUUUCAAGAAUGACGCAAUCGAGCCGUGCUUAAGUUUUUUUUCUUUUUAAUCAUAGUUAUUAUUAUCGUUAAUAUCCAUAUAAUUAUCAAUAACUACAGUAAAACACAAAACAAAAAAGGAUAUAGUGAUAUCUGUACAUUCUCCUUAAAUGAUUAACGUAAACAUUUUUUUGUAUACCUUGUAGCCUACAAAUAGGAAGAAACUAAAUCAUAAUAUUCACAGAUAUUUUACAAGAUAGACGAGGCCCGCCGACCUGCGCACGCGUCGCGUAACAAUGGCACAGGAAAACAUGUAAUCCUGCACCUACAUACUAUAUGACUGGCUGCUGAAGAAAGAGUGAAGGGGAAAACACAGCGCUUUCGUGAAAAUAUAAACGAGACGUCACGCGACACGUGCGCACGUUCGUGCCUUAUGUACUUACUCAUAGCUAUAAUAUAUACGCGUUUUCUUGUUUUUUUAUCACCUUGCUCGCUCAAUUAUACCUCUACACUGUACAUAUCCACAACGCAUCUUUUACACUGUACAUGCACACGCUCCGCGAGUAUCCGCGCUGCCUUAAAGUAAUUGUAAAUCGCAGGGAUGAACGGAACGAUGAUAAUUACGAUGCAGUUCAUCGCCAUAAAUAAAA